UCUCCACUUUGAGCUGGUGAAGAAUGGGAGAGAUAGAAGGAACAUACAGAGUCCUGCAGACUGCAGGCACACGCCUUGGGAGCCAGACCCCUGUGGGUGUGAGCACCCUGGAGCCAGGGCAGGCACUGUCAUCCAGAAUGCAGGACAAGUGUCUGCACAUCCACGUGAAGCUGCUGGACAACACCGUGGAGAUGUUUGACAUUGAGCCUAAAUGUGACGGCCAGAAGUUGCUCACACAAGUGUGGAAGCAUUUGAAUCUGAUCGAAUGUGACUACUUUGGGUUGGAGUUUCAGGACAUUCAGUCCCACUGGAUUUGGCUUGAACCUAUGAAACCCAUCAUUAGACAAGUACGAAGGCCAAAGAACACAGUGCUUCGCCUGGCUGUAAAAUUUUUCCCACCUGAUCCUGGUCAGUUGCAAGAAGAAUAUACCAGGUACUUGUUUGCCUUGCAACUAAGAAGGGACCUUCUGGAGGAGCGCUUGACCUGCACUGCCACCACUGCAGCCCUGCUCAUUUCCCACCUUCUCCAGUCCGAAAUAGGAGAUUAUGAUGAAACUCUGGACCGAGAGCACCUCAAAUCCAACAAGUACUUGCCCACCCAGGAGCACCUUUUGGGAAAGAUACUAGACUUCCAUCAGGGACACACGGGCCAGACGCCUGCUGAGUCCGAUUUCCAGGUACUGGAGAUUGCUAGAAAGCUGGAAAUGUAUGGCAUCAGGUUUCACACAGCUUCUGACCGGGAGGGGACCAAGAUCAACCUGGCAGUCUCUCACAUGGGUGUCCUCGUAUUCCAGGGGACCACCAAAAUAAACACCUUCAACUGGUCCAAGGUCCGUAAACUAAGCUUCAAGAGGAAAAGAUUUCUUAUCAAACUCCACCCGGAGGUCCAUGCAAUUCACAGUGGAAGAACUCAAAAACAAUUAGUAGACUAUGUCAAAGAGGGUGGAACGAAGAGAACUCCGUAUGAAAGGCGGCACAGCAAGACCCGAACAUCUUUCCGUGCUCUGGCUACAGACUUGCCCAAACAGAGCAUCUCAUUCACCGAGGGCUUCAGGACUUCAGCCUCCUUGUCUUCAGCAAAUGCCUCCUUUUACCCACUCUCCACCUCCCCUUUGGCUCCUCCUGGUCUGCCCAAUUCCAAAGACAGCAGCUACUCCCUUGAAGAUCCUCAGGCUGCCUACAUCAAGAGUGCAGCAGCAGAGAGGAGCGGAGGAGCCGUGGCCGACAGCCCCAGCACUCAGUCAGCCUACCUCCCUGGACCCCCUGCGCUCCAGCCUGGUCCAGGCCUUUCCGUGGACAGCCCUCAGCCUUCACCCUCAAGCCAGAGGAGCCUGCAGAGCCUGAGCCCCGCGCGCCAGGCGGGCCUGGGCCCGGCCGAGCAGGCCUUGUCCCCUGUUGUGAGCCCUGUCCUUAGCAGUGCUGGUGGAAGGUGCAUGGAUGACCAAGAGGAGCUGAGACACAAGCGUGUGCCAGAAGAUGAGGCCUAUUUCAUAGCAAAGGAGAUCCUCUCGACAGAGCGGACAUACCUGAAGGAUUUAGAAGUCAUUACUGUGUGGUUCCGCAGUGCUGUGGUCAAGGAGGACGCCAUGCCUGCAGCCCUCACGACGCUGCUCUUCUCCAACAUCGAUCCUGUCUACGAGUUCCACAGAGGCUUCCUCCACGAGGUGGAACAGAGGCUGGCACUCUGGGAAGGGCCCAUCAGUGCCCAGGUGAAAGGCGAUCACCAGCGAAUUGGGGACAUCCUGCUCAGAAACAUGCGUCAGUUAAAGGGGUUCACCAGUUACUUCCAGAGACACGAUGAGGUCCUGAUGGAGCUGGAAAAGGCGUCCAAGGGCUGCCGGAAGCUGGAGGCCGUGUAUAGGGAGUUUGAGCUCCAGAAGGUCUGCUACCUGCCCCUCAACACAUUCCUGCUGAAGCCCGCUCAGCGGCUGGUGCACUACCGCCUGCUGCUCAGCCGGCUGUGUGCUCACCACCCGCCUGGACACCGGGACCACGCCGACUGCUGCGAUGCCCUGACGGCCAUCACAGAGGUGACGUCUGUGCUCCAGCGCAGCCUCGCCCGCAUGGAGCACCUGCAGAAGCUGAUGGAGCUACAGCGGGACCUGGUGGGCGUCGACAACCUCAUUGCUCCCGGCAGGGAGUUCAUCCGUGAGGGUUGCCUCCACAAACUUACCAAGAAGGGACUGCAGCAGAGGAUGUUCUUUCUGCUCUCAGACGUGUUGCUGUACACAAGCCAAGGUGUCACAGGGACCGGCCGCUUCCGGAUCCGGGGCCUCCUCCCACUCCGAGGCAUGCUGGUAGAAGAAAGUGAAAGCGAGUGGUCUGUUCCUCACUGCUUCACCAUCUACGCAGUUCAGAAAACGAUGGUGGUGGCCGCCAGCACCCAACUAGAGAAGGAGAAGUGGACACAAGACCUGAGUACAGCCAUCCAAGCAGCUGAGAGCAGCAGCAACCCACCACCAGAACUGGCCAGAGGCCCCACAUGCACCCACACCCCCAGAUCCUCCGACGAGCUCUCUCUGGAGCAGGAGUCAGAAGAGGAUGCCCCAUGCACCCGAGGAUCCCUGGAGGGGCCAGGCCAACACCGGACCAACACCACAAUGCAUGUGUGCUGGUACCGGAACACAAGUGUGUCUAGGGCGGACCACAGUGCAGCUGUUGAGAACCAACUUUCAGGAUAUCUGCUGAGAAAGUUCAAGAACAGCAAUGGCUGGCAGAAGCUCUGGGUAGUCUUCACCAACUUCUGCUUGUUCUUCUACAAAACCCACCAGGAUGACUACCCCCUUGCCAGUCUCCCGCUGCUGGGUUACAGUGUGAGUGUCCCUAAAGAAGAGGACAGCAUCCACAAAGACUACGUCUUCAAGCUUCAGUUCAAGUCUCAUGUCUACUUCUUCCGAGCCGAGAGCAAGUACACAUUUGAGAGGUGGAUGGAGGUGAUUGAGAGGGCCAGCAGCUCACGGGGAAGGCCCCCAAGCUCCACGCAAGACUGCCUGUGUCCCUCCCCAGGACUGCAGGGGACAGCCAGAGAAAAGGAGUGACGCGCCUGACCAGGACGGGGGCUACCAGGAGGGCCCAGGGCAUGAAGUGACCCCGCUUCAGACACUCAGGGCAUGGGUCCACAUCGCUUCAGACAAGCCCUGAAGCCUGUACCCAGGCUGUGCGGUGAGUCCCACUGCCUGCGACUUCUGAGGGAACUCCUGCCCAGAGCCUCGUAGCCUGGCCUACAGAAAGAUGAGAGUCCAGCAACAGCUACUCUGGACCCCACCAGCAUAACCAGAGGUUAAGACCCAAGUCCCCUGUGACCUAGAAGGGCAGUGUCUCCACCCUGUCAGCCCCAGUGCUCCUUGCCGGAAGUGUGCGCUUACAACUGCACUUAUGUAAGUUACAAUAAACCACCUCAGCUGGGGGCUGUGGCCACACCGGGAAUCCUAGCUGCUCUGGAGGCUGAGAUCUCAGGAUCCCUGUUCAGAGCCAGCCUGGGAUGGGAAAGUCUA